AUGGCUGAAGCACAAAGCGGCCCUUCUAAUGGUCGCAAACGCAAGUACCGAUCAGACGGGGUAUCACCCACCUGGGUAAAGCGAACGAUCGAAGGACCAGGAAUAUGGGCAACAUGCGUAAAGGGAAAAGAAAAAGGAACGGUCGGCGAGCUCUACGAUCUGUUUGAAUCACUAGCUGCUGACAUGUGGCCCGUUGAAGGGCAUGGCUCCUCUGUUAAUGAUCGGGAUAAUGGCUCAGAUGCGGAUGGGAGUGAAGAAGAUGACUUGGAGACGCAGAUUGCAAAAGAGGUCGCUGCGCUGAAACGGCCAAAAGUGGAGAAACGGUUUGCUAAUUGCCUGACAAACACACAAUGUGUAAUCUUCAUGUCAUGUAAACCUCCCGUGGACCCAGUAAAACUUGUGAUGAAACACGUAGAAAACGUUCAAAUAACAGGGGUCACGAGAACAAAAUACACGCAUCGGUUGACACCAGUCUCCGGCACAUGCGUUGCGAACAUCCCAGAGCUCAACUCCCUAUGCCGUCGAACCGUCGCUGCGUACUGUGCCCCAGAGAACAAUGAAGGGUCCCCGAGGGCUCGGAAGUACAAGAUUGAGUUGCGCGUGCGCAACCACAAUACGCUGACGCGAAUGGAGAUCAUCCAAGAAGUAGCUAAAUGCAUGCCUUCAAAUUAUACCGUCGACCUGGACGAUCCUGAUGUGUUCGUUUUGGUAGAAGUUUUCAAGAGUACCGUUGGCAUGAGCAUCGUUGAAGAUUAUUAUCGAUUUCAAAAAUUUAACGUUAUGGAGUUGGCGAAUGCGCGUAAUGAACCGGAAAGAUUUGAAAAGGGGGCAGGGCGCGUACAAGAUAAGAAGCAGGAUGAUGAUAAUGCAGCUGUGUAG